GGGCGAGUGCAGGUGGCGGUUGUUCACGCAAGUCGGCUUGCGUGGGAGUGAGCACUGUAGCUGAGAAUCUCUGGCUUCUUGCUACAAAGACUCUAUUGCCCUUGGUGGCUUCAGCGGUGGCCGGUUCUUAAGGUAGAGAUAGUUGCUUUUUGCAGAAUUUAUAGGCAUCCUUCCCUAGGAUUGCUGUAGGCUCAGCGCCCCUAGCAAGAGACAUGCCGAGGGGACGAAAGAGUAGGCGCCGCCGUAACGCAAGGGCCGCAGAAGAGAACCGCAACAACCGUAAGAUACAGGCCUCAGAAGCCUCAGAAACCCCGAUGGCCGCUUCUGUGGUCCCGAGCACCCCCGAGGACGACCUUAGCGGCCCGGAGGAAGACCCAAGCACUCCAGAGGAGGCCUCCACCACCCCUCAGGAAGCCUCCAGUACUGCUCAAGCUCAAAAGCCCUCAGUAGCCCGGAGCAAUUUCCAAGGCACCAAGAAAAGUCUCCUGAUGUCCAUAUUAGCCCUCAUCUUCAUCAUGGGCAACAGCGCCAAGGAGGCUCUGGUCUGGAAAGUGCUGGGGAAGUUGGGGAUGCAACCUGGCCGGCAGCACAGCAUCUUUGGCGAUCCAAAGAAGGUUGUCACAGAAGAGUUUGUGCGCAGAGGGUACCUGAUUUAUAAGCCAGUGCCCCGUAGCAGUCCUGUUGAGUACGAGUUCUUCUGGGGACCUCGAGCACACGUGGAAUCGAGCAAGCUGAAAGUCAUGCAUUUUGUUGCAAGGGUGCGUAACCGAUGCUCCAAGGACUGGCCAUGUAAUUAUGAUUGGGAUUCGGAUGAUGAUGCAGAAGUUGAGGCUAUCCUCAAUUCAGGUGCUGGAGGUUACUCCGCCCCUUAGGGAAAUCUGGCACAGACCCUUAGGUGGGGGGUGUAAAGAGCUUCACAGGUACCCCAAGGAGUGUAUCACCCGGGUUCUCAGUUGAAUAUUAUGGGGAAGAGGGCACACUGUGUUUGGUAUUUGUGAUAAGUGCUAAUAGUUUGAAGUGCAAAAGGAGCAUUUGCUUUGGAUAUUGUAAAAUUUUAUUCAUUUUAAUACAAUGUUGAUUAAGGUCACAAUAUGUUUAAAAUAUGAUUGAAGAAAAAAUUUUUCUUUUUUUUUUUGUCAUUGAGACUUAGUAUAACAGUUUUGCUAACGUUAUACAAUGAAAUCUUUCCAUCAUAUUCCAUAAUCUGGUACCUAUUUUAUAGCAUUGAAUAGGCUGUUCUUUGAAACUUUGAAAUAACCAGUAAAAUGUGAAAGGACUGAGGGAUUCGUUUAUGUCUGGCCUUUCUGUAAAUCUUUGUGUCUGCUGUUGUGUAAAGAAGACUUAAAACUACCGUGAUUUUGCUUAGUUAUUGCAUAAUAUAGGGAAAAAAUAAAUGCAUAAUGACAAAGACA